AUGGACUUCAAGGGCAAUCUUCAAAGAGUCAAGGAAUCCAUCAAGGAGGCGAAGGCUCAGGGCUGUACUUUUCGAACAGGACCGGAGCUAGAAAUCACUGGCUACACCUGCGAGGAUUGGUUCCUGGAGAAUGAUACCUUCUUGCAUGCCUGGUCCUCCAUGGCUGAUAUCCUCAGAAGUGACGUCACUGAUGACAUCCUGUGCGACAUCGGCAUGCCGGUCAUGCACCGGAACGUGCCCUACAACUGCCGGGUUUGGGUCGUCAACCGCAAAAUCGUCGGCAUCCGCCCGAAGAUCUACUUGGCCAAUGACGGGAACUACCGGGAGAUGCGUUGGUUUACACCAUGGUACAUUGAUCCAAGCAAAGCAGGCUUCGGCGAACUGGAAGAGUAUUUCCUCCCCAGGGAGAUUGGUGAGAUCACUGGACAAGCGAAGGUGCCCUUCGGAGUCUUCGCUGUAUCCACCAAGGAUACUUGCCUGGCAACAGAGACUUGCGAGGAGUUGUUCACACCAGAUGCACCACAUAUCAAACUGGCCUUAGAUGGUGUGGAGAUUAUCGCCAACGGCUCUGGGAGCCAUCACCAACUGAGGAAGCUGGAUAAGCGCAUCGACCUGGUGCGUGGUGCCACUUCCAAAAGCGGAGGGGUGUAUCUCUAUGCCAAUGUCAAAGGAGGUGACGGAGGGCGACUCUACUUCGACGGGUGCUGCAUGGUGUGGAGCAACGGGAAGCUGCUGGCACAAGGGACGCAGUUUGGCAUGCUCGAUGAGAUUGAAGUGGUUGUGGCUACCGUGAACUUGAACGACGUGCGCUCCAUGCGCUCGAACUUCAUUGCUCGCUCCUUCCAAGCCUCCUCGACCCCCACCGUGCAGCGUGUGGAGGUGGACUUCUGCUGUUGCCAUGCGGAGCCCCUGACCAUUGCUGAGUCUCAACCCAUCGAGCCCAAGAUCGUGGGACCCAUGGAGGAGAUCGCCUAUGGCCCGUCGGCCUGGCUUUGGGACUAUCUCCGCCGCUCGGGGCAGCGGGGCUACUUCUUGCCUUUGUCCGGUGGAGCUGACUCCUCCUCCACUGCAGCGUUGGUGGGCAUCAUGUGUCAGCGGGUCUUCCAGGAGUUGACCGAAGGCACUGAGAGGUCCAAAAAGGCGGUGCUGGCGGACAUUCGGAAGGUCACGAAAAGGCCCUUCUACACGCCAGCCUCAUGGCAGGACUUGUGCGGGAAGAUCUUCGUGACGUGUUACAUGGCUUCGGAGCACAGCGGCUCUGAGACCCGGAACCGCGCGGCCAACCUGGCCAAGCAAAUCGGAGCCAAUCACACCUCGAUCGCUAUCCGGCCGAUCACUGAUGCUAUCGUGAAGGUCUUUCAGCAGUGUAACUUCGAGGGUACCAAGAUUGAUAAGAGCAAGGUGAAGUCAGAUGCAGUUUGGAAUGCCAGUGGCACUGAGGACAUCGCUUUGCAAAAUAUUCAGGCGAGAAGCCGAAUGGUGAUGGCCUAUUUCAUGGCCCAGCUCAUGCCCUGGGCAACGGACCAGGCCAUGCAAGGGGACGCUGGCCCCGGCUGGGGCUCUUUGCUCGUGCUAGGCUCUGCCAACGUGGAUGAAGCCUUGCGCGGCUACUACACCAAAUACGACUGCAGUGCAGCGGACGUGAAUCCAAUUGGUGGUAUCAAUAAGAGAGAUUUGAAGGCUUUCCUGAAGUGGGCUGCCAAGGAGAGAGGUAUCGGCGAAUUGGAGCGCGUGGCGAACGCGGUGCCCACCGCCGAGUUGCGGCCGGACAAGGCAGCUGAGACCGUCGUUCGGAGCAUGCGAUCAGCACGACGGUUCAUGGGGCGCGUGACCAUGGCUCGGCACGACCACCGAUGGGUGGCUGCCGCGGGCUUGGCUGUGGGUGUUCUUGGAUCGAAUGUUCACCCUGUGCGCUGCCACGGCGGCUCAUUCUACGCCAAGGAGAAUGAGAGAGCCGAAGUAUUGUCCAGCCCGGCGAUCGCUUUGUUAAUGUCCAUCAUCCGUGACCAACGCACCAGCCAGGUGGAGUUCGUCCGAACGGCGGAUCGUUUGAUGUCCAUUUUGGCGGAGGAGGGUAUUGCUCGACUGCCCUCGGUGAAGCCGCAGGUUCUCCAGAGCCCCUGCGGCCCCUACAACGGUCUCGCGGUACCGGAUGGCCACCAGCUUUGUGCUGUGGACAUUGUCCGUUCCGGUGGGAUCCUUCUCGAGGCCGUGCGGAAGGUUCUUCCAGAAUUGAAGACUGCAAAAAUCUUGAUCCAGCGGGAUGAAGAAACCGCCUUGCCGCAGCUGUUCUACUCCAAGCUUCCAGACGGGAUCGAAAAGUUGCAAGUGAUGCUGUGUGAUCCUAUGCUGGGCACUGGUGGCUCCGCCUUGUGUGCCAUCGAUGUGUUGAAGAAAGCUGGUGUCAAGGAGGAGAACAUCCUCUUCAUCAAUGUGGUCUCUUGUCCCGAAGGCCUCAAGGCCUUGGCUCAACGUGCACCCAAAGUGAAGAUCGUCACCUGCGCGUUGGAUUCUCAUCUCAAUGAGAAGUUCUUCAUCGUGCCUGGCGUGGGCGACUUCGGGGACCGCUACUAUGGCACUUCAGGCUAUGCCGAGGGCUUGUGGGGCCAAAAUGGCCGCUGA